CUCAGAGUUGUUGGUGGCACGCGCCGUGAUCCUACCUGAUGCGCCUACUACUGCACGGGCGCAUCCACAUUGUUUCUCCAUUCGAGGAGAGGACGCCGGAGAAAGAUUCAGCCUAGACAGGUGAUAUUGACCUAUAUGACGUCAGCUCGUAGCAUCACCCGGUGACCUCAGUUCGACGCGUAACACUGUGACGUCAUCUGAAAGGGCGUACACGUGGUAAAAUUUCCGGAUAGUGUCGCUCUCCUGCUUACAUCUAAUCACGCAAGCGUCACGCUAACACGGCAUCACGCUACCGGAUGAAUUAAGUUCACGCGACCGCUCAGAAACACGCGCGUGAAUCGCGGCGCGUGACUGCGCACCGCGUCGCGUCACCGACGACCAAGCUUUUCCCAAGAUGGCGUCGCUGGCGAGCGUCAAGCUGACGCAGGAGAUCAUGGAGGAGUUUCUAACGUGCAAGCUCUGCUACCAGCAGUUCGUGUCGCCAAAGUGUCUCACCUGUCUGCACACGUUCUGUCAGAUGUGCCUCGACAAGCAGGUCGCCACCAUGCGUCGGCCAGUCUAUGGCAGCUACGUCGACCUGCCAUGUCCGAUCUGCCGGAAGCACACGACUCUGCCGACAGGCGGCGUGCGAAACCUACCGGACAACUUCAUGGUGACGAAUCUGAAGGAGGCCGUCGGCAAGCGGUCGGCCGGAAAACUACCGUUCUGCGAAUUCUGCCGAGCGUUGAGCAAAAAGAUCGUCGACGCCGUCGCCAAGUGUCUCGACUGCAACAAGCAGAUGUGCGUCGCGUGCACGCAGGCGCACCGCGAGAUGCGACUAACGAAAGCGCACACGGUGUGCGACACGGACACGGAGAAAGAUAUCGAGUGUAAGGCGCACAGCGACGAGCAGGUCAGGUUCUACUGCCAGCCUUGCGACCAGCUUGUCUGCAUCCUCUGCACGUUUGAAGAUCAUGCCGGACAUGACAUCAAUGACAUGAAGGAAGGCGCCGACAAAAUGAAAGAAGGCAUCACCAAUCUUCUUGUCUCGUGCAAGCAGAAGGCGGACGAGUUGAAGCAGCAGCUAGAUGCGAUGCACGACUGCUCGACGCACAUGCACGACACCGAACAGCGCAUUCACGCGUCGGCGCGUGACGUCAUCGCUGCCGUGCGCGGCCGCGAGAGGGAGCUGGUGCACGAGCUGCACGCGGCGUACGGCGACGACACGAUCGAGUUUCUGGAGUCGCGCGCCGACGUCAAGUCGCGCCACGACGGCCUCGUCAAGAACCUGCGCCUCGCCGAGUCGCUGCGCGAGAAGGAGGUCGAGUUCCUCUUUGUGAAGAAGGAGCUCGAAGAGAAGCUGGGUCAGCUGGCUGGGGUCAAGGUCAGGUCGAUGCCCGACAACGUCACCAAGCAGUUCGACUUUCUGCAAGGUCCCGUCGAGCUGGGAUCAAUCAGCGAGCCAGCUGCCGACGACGACGUCGAUGACGACGAUGACGACGACGAUGACGAUGCCAAUAGCGACGAGCAGCCGACGAUGGUCGAGACGUGCGAUAAGUGCGUCGGCACGGCGGCGACGCUGACGCUGACGCAAGCCGCGCAGACGCAGCUAUCGCAGCGCGACGUCAAGUUCGUGCCGCUCGACGACGCGAGCGCGGCGACGCAGACGCCGACGCUGCCGACGUGCGACGCGUCGACGCAGCUGCCCAACGAGAAACAGCAGAAGGUGCACGUGACCGAGCAGCAGGGCAUCGCCAUCUUGCCCAAUGGCGACCUCGUCAUCAUCGACACGGAGGAGAACCGACUGGCGAUCAUGGACAAACGCGGCAGAUUCCGCUACACAUUCGACAACGAACAGCUGACGCUGCCGGACAAGCUGCAGCUGGGCAAGCUGAGAGACUUCCAGAAGGAUACCGACCAGCACAUACGCAUCUACACGCCCUACGGACACCUACUCAGCUGCUACGAGGACGAGGUGAUCACGUGCCUGCCGCUCGGUACUAGGUUCGAAAAGAAGGAGAUGUUUCGACAGUAG